UGUCCACCCAGACCUCCCGGGCUCCGGGCUCAGCCCCUGCGCCUGGCCCUGUCCGGGGGGCAAAGGCCAGGACUGCAGAGCCCCUUUAGACCUUGGGGGCCACCUGGCUCGGAAACCUUUGCAGGGUGCCGUAAGCCUCACCUGGCGCAGCUGCCUCCAGCUAGGAGUCGGAGCCCUGGUGUGUUUGGGUCUGAGAGUCAAAUGCAGAAGAACGCAGGAAAUUUGGCCACACAGCAGAGACUUAAAGAAUCCAACCUAGGGCUUGGAUCCUGUGGCAAUGUCCAGCUGAAGACCUAGAGCCCAUGACAAUGUCUCAUGCAAGUCUCCCUCAAGGAUCUGUGCUGGGAAGGUCCAAAGGUCAGUAGUGGAAGCUAGAAAGUGCGUCAGCAGGAUGAAGGAUCUGUGCCAGCAGCCUGAGGAAUCUGCACUGGAGUCAGGAAGUGAUGCACAAGGAGUGAGCAGAGGAGCGCCGUGGGAUUAAUCCGAGAAAGAACCAGAAGGGGAAGGAAGCUCUGGAGACCCUUGGGGACAAACAGGAAAGAGCAGCAGCCUCAGCAUGGAGAGUGGAACUGGCCUGGGGUCCACCCCUUCCACACUGCCGUACUACGUGGCCUUCUCCCAGCUGCUGGGCCUGACCGUGGUGGCCAUGACUGGUGCUUGGCUGGGUCUUUACCGAGGCGGCAUUGCUUGGGAGAGCACCCUUCAGUUUAAUGUGCACCCCCUCUGCAUGAUCAUAGGCCUGAUCUUCCUGCAGGGAGAUGCCCUGCUGGUUUACCGUGUCUUCAGGAAAGAGGCCAAACGCACAACCAAGGUCCUGCAUGGGCUGCUGCAUGUCUUUGCAUUCAUCAUAGCCUUGGUGGGUUUGGUGGCUGUGUUCGAUUACCACAGGAAGAUGGACUAUGCUGACCUGUACAGCCUGCACAGCUGGUGCGGGAUCCUUGUCUUUGUCCUUUACUUCAUACAGUGGCUCAUGGGCUUCACCUUCUUCCUGUUCCCUGGAGCUUCAUUUUCUCUGCGGAGCCGCUACCGCCCUCAACAUAUUUUCUUUGGUGCCACCAUUUUUCUCCUUUCUGUGGGCACAGCUCUGCUUGGCCUGAAGGAGGCACUGCUGUUUAAACUUGGGGCCAAGUACAGCACGUUUGAGCCUGAGGGGAUCCUGGCCAAUGUGCUGGGCCUGCUGCUGGCCUGCUUCGGGGUGGCUGUCCUCUACAUCCUGGCUCAGGCUGACUGGAAGCGGCCUCCCCAGGCUGAAGAGCAGGCCCUCUCAAUGGACUUCAAGACAUUGACGGAAGGGGACAGCCCCAGCUCCCAGUGAUAGCCUGUCCUUGUCCUGUCUGGGGGCCUGGCAGGGGUGGUCCCUUGGUUUUGUGGGGCUCCCACAAAUAUCAUUUAUUUAUCCCUGCUGGGGCUGAGUCUUCAGGCACCAGAGGAGGGUCCAGGUAGUGAGUGAGGAGUUGGGGUGCAGUGGUGUUUGAGCGGUUGCUGGGGCUGCAAUUAACACUUUGCUUUCCUUCCUUGUUGCUGCUGUAGAAGUGUCCAUUGAGUCACAUACAGGCCUAUGCCAUUGCUUCCCCUUCAAAUGAAGAAGGUUUGGGUAGGGGCCUGGAGGAGCUGCAGAAUGGCUCAUCUCAAAGCAGAAGAUGCUGGAGUGAAGCCCUGGAAACUCUAGGGUCUCAGGGACAGGCCUGAUGCUUUGUUAACACUGAAUUCAAACCAGGAAUCUAUGUAGCCUGAGUAGCAGUGGGCCUGUUCUUGGCAGUUGAGCAAGUGAUAUUAUGUGUAAAGUAUGCUGGUGUUCAGAGCAAGGCUCCCCAGGAGAGGGGAGGGACUGGCCCCAGGAGGCACAGCUGCAGUCUUGGGCCUUCCUAUUCUUUAACCCUUGAGUCCCAGGAUGGCUUGGUGGUGGGCGGGAUAGAAGCAUGUGGCUUCAGACACACAUGCCCUAUGCCCCAGCCAGUGAGGACAGCCCUCCCUGGCCAGCCCUGCUCCACUCAAGCCAGCUCAGGCGCUGCUUUCAGAAGCGGAAUACAUACCUUCUGCACAGGUCAUAAUUGAAGAGCUGCUGUUCCUGCUGCCCGACACAGGGCUGCUUUGGCACACUGCUUGGUGUGAGCAGCUGCUUCUAUUCUGAGGGGCGAGCCCCUUCUCCCUAUGGUCCCAUCUUUGCAGGGAGUUAGGACGGAGGCAGAAUGAGAGUGACCCCCUGUAGUAUCUGGACAUUGCUUCAACCGUGUGUGAUGUUAGCUGAGUCAGUUUGGCUUCAGUCUAGAAAUAAUGUGAUUAGAGCAUUGAUCUUGUGCUUCUUCAAUUUGGCAAUUGGGCUGAAAGAAGCCUGACAGUGUAAGACACACAGUUUACUUAAGUAAAGAAAUUAGUAAAAUUUCCAAACUGAUUUCCAUUCUUUUAACAGUUACCCUUUCCACACUUACAUGCUGCCUUACAGAAACUGGCUGGCCUCCUGUUGCUUUCAUUUCUAAUAAUUUGCUUCUGCUGUGGGUCUUUCGUCUAGCGCUGUCACGUCUCAGAGCACACAGCUUUGAUCCAGCUCUCUUCUCAUCCUCUUUCCCCAUCUCCCACCUGCCUGGAUGAUGACGUUAACUCCAGUUUCAGCAGUAUACUCUUCAAGGACAAGGGAUCUUAUCAGUUCUUUAACUGCCUUGCACACACUUGUAUAGUCCAGUGUUUACAUGUAGGAAACAGCCUCAGACAAACUACCACAGUACAAUUCUAUACUCUGUUGCCAGAUCAACACAGAGAGAGAAUUGUAGGUUUGCAAUGAGCGUCUGUAAAUUGGUCUGUUUGCCAACCUAGACCUUGGAUGAUUAAGGACCAAAAAGGCCCCCAAGCUGAUGUGUGUGGUUUCUCUGGUGUGUCUGUGGUGUCUCCUGGGAGUAGAUGUGCCAUUUGUGCAGCAGAUAAUUCAAUAAAUGUCUACAGCAGUCUGCA